AUUCAUCAUAAUGCUUCCUCUUCGUUAGUCCUGCCGAACCUCGUUGUUUUCUAACAUGACAACUGAACAGAACUGCUUCACUGUGGUGCCGUUGGCCCCUUCCACCACAAGGACACAGCAGAGAGGAUAAGGCGGGAGGCGGCCUGAGCGUAGCGCACACACUGUUCUAAAGUGGGGCUGGGGAGCAGGAAGCGCGGAGUGACAGCACUCAGCGAGCACACAGGGGAAGAGCCAUAGAAACACUCAUCGGGGUGAGUAACGAGGUACUGAAUAAGCUGUACUGGGAGCGUGGCCACGGGAAAAGGAUCAGCAGGAAACCGCCCAAAAAAACCGACCGGGCCGCCAGAACACGACCACGCAGUGCAUCCUUCUCGCCCCGCCUGCUCGCUUUACGGCAGUGUCGCGCCUCGUCGGCUCUUUGCGGCAGCGGAACCGGCAAGCCGGAAGGUGCUCGAACUGGGAUUUAAUUUUUUUAUCCUAUGGAUCACUGAAUGAGUAACAGAUGGCCUUGCCACGUCUUACAGGCGCUCUACGCUCCUUUUCAAAUGUCACUAGACAUGAUGAUUAUAGUGAAGAAUUAGCUGACUUAACGAAAAAAAGAACAAAACAACAAGAACUGUUACUGAAAUCUGAUCUUACUUGGAAGAAGAUAAUAAAGUUUGUUGAUGACAAUUUAGACAAAAAAGAAUACCAAACUGUAAAUGGUGAUUUGAAAACUAUAUUACAAGCAGCAAAACAAAUAGUUGGAGCUGAAAAUGGACAAGAAGCAAUUGAAAGCGGAGCUGUUUUUCUCUUUAAGACAUUUCACAGGAAAGAAUGUGUUGGUCAUGAUGAGACAAAGGCCAUCAAGCAGAUGUUUGGGCCAUUUCCAUCAUCAUCUGCUACUGCAGCUUGUAAUGCCACAUGUCGGAUUGCUUCUCACUUCACUGAAGAACAGCUUACAGCCCUCAUACAGAUGGCUGAGGAGCAAAAUGGUGAUAACACAGUGUUCUUUGGUAAAAAUAUAGUGUUUUCAUUUGACAUGCACGAUUUGGAUCACUCUGAGGAGCUGCCUGUAAAUGGUGAGGCUGAUGCUCAAAGAAUUAUAAGCUUAGAUUAUAAGAAAUUUCUGAAUAAUCAGCUGGAUCAUCUAAAGAACUGCUGCAAUGAGAAGUCUGAUCUCAAGUCUUUGGGAAAAGUAGAUGAUUCUUUUUUAUGGUCUGAAGUUGGAAAAUAUCUGAAUGAAUCUCAGGGUGGUACCCCUGGAGGACCAACAACAGAAGAUCUCUGCUGUACUUUGUAUGAGAUGCUUGCUUCUCCAAAGAGUGGUGAUGAACUUCAAAAUGAGCUAUUUGAACUGCUAGGCCCUGAGGGUUUUGAACUUAUAGAGAAGCUCCUACAGAACAGAUCUGUGAUUGUGGAAAAAUCUUUGACUUGUCAAAAUGAUAACAAGUUCCAGACUCUGCAAGAGCAGUGCAAGAAGUUUAUAAGUGAAAAUGCUAAACCCAAUUAUGGCUGUCAAGUUACAAUUCAGUCUGAACAAGAAAAGCUGUUAAUGAAACAGUAUCGUCGUGAAGAAAAACGAAAUGCCAGAAGAGAAAAACAAGCUGGGGAAGAUGGAGAAGUAUCUGGUGAAGGACUUGCGUGCUUUGAUCCCAGAGAGCUGAGAAUGCAAAGGGAACUAGCACUUUUGAAUGCUCGAAGUAUGCCUAUCCUAGGUAGACAGAGAGAGGUGGACUUUGAAAGAAUUCAUUAUCCACAUGUUUAUGAUUCCCGAGCUGAAGCUAUGAAAACAUCAGCAUUCAUUGGAGGUGCAAAGGUGUUCUUACCAGAAUCAGUUCAGAGAGAGAACAACAAAAUGUAUGAAGAGGUGAAGAUCCCCCAUAGUGAACCAAUGCCCAUUGGCAUUGAAGAGAAAAUUGUUUACAUUAAAGACUUAGAUGAGGUGAGUAAAGCAGUUGAGAGAUAUGAAAUUAAUUUUUACUUUGCUAUUAAAAAAUUUUAGGAGGAAACAUUACCG